ACUGCAGUAGCGAAGAAUACUUUGAUCAUCUUUCCUCACUUGACCGGCCAUGAUGUUAAGCGCCGUAUCGAGGGCAGCCGCUGGAGCCCUAAGGGCCGUCAAACCCACCCUUUUUCAAAAUGAAGUUGGGAAAGUAGCUACUACUGUUUCAGUAGACAAGAAAAAUUAUGCCAAAGCAGCAGCCUCUAAAGGUGGUGCUCAGGGUAAAAUUGUCGCUGUCAUUGGUGCUGUUGUGGAUGUACAAUUCGAAGAUGCUCUUCCACCUAUUCUUAAUGCGUUGGAAGUACAGAACAGAAGCCCCAGGCUAGUACUAGAAGUAGCCCAACAUCUUGGAGAAAAUACUGUGCGUACUAUUGCUAUGGAUGGUACUGAAGGUUUAGUACGUGGUCAGGGUGUUUUGGAUUCUGGUUAUCCCAUCCGUAUUCCUGUUGGUGCUGAAACCCUGGGACGUAUUAUUAAUGUAAUUGGUGAACCAAUUGACGAACGUGGACCCAUUGGUACAGACAAGUUAGCUCCUAUCCAUGCAGAUGCACCUGAAUUUGUAGAAAUGUCCGUAGAACAAGAGAUCUUAGUUACAGGAAUUAAAGUCGUAGAUUUACUUGCUCCAUAUGCCAAAGGAGGAAAGAUUGGUCUAUUUGGUGGUGCUGGAGUUGGUAAAACUGUGCUUAUUAUGGAGCUUAUCAACAAUGUUGCUAAAGCUCAUGGUGGUUACUCUGUAUUUGCUGGUGUAGGAGAAAGAACGCGUGAAGGCAAUGACUUGUAUCAUGAAAUGAUAGAAUCUGGUGUUAUUUCCUUAAAGGAUAAAACUUCUAAGGUAGCACUUGUCUAUGGUCAAAUGAACGAACCACCAGGUGCUCGUGCCCGUGUAGCUUUAACUGGUUUGACAGUAGCAGAAUAUUUCCGUGAUCAAGAAGGACAAGAUGUACUAUUAUUCAUUGACAACAUUUUCAGGUUCACCCAAGCUGGUUCAGAGGUAUCAGCUUUGUUAGGACGUAUUCCAUCAGCUGUAGGUUAUCAACCAACCUUAGCAACUGAUAUGGGUACCAUGCAGGAACGUAUUACUACAACUAAAAAGGGAUCUAUUACUUCCGUACAAGCUAUUUAUGUACCUGCAGAUGAUUUAACAGAUCCUGCUCCUGCCACUACCUUUGCCCAUUUAGACGCAACUACUGUACUGUCGCGUGCUAUUGCUGAGCUGGGUAUCUAUCCAGCUGUGGAUCCGUUGGAUUCGACAUCUCGUAUUAUGGAUCCCAACAUUAUCGGCCCUGAACAUUACAAUAUCGCUCGUGGUGUACAAAAGAUUUUACAAGAUUACAAAUCCCUUCAAGAUAUCAUUGCCAUUUUAGGUAUGGACGAAUUGUCUGAAGAAGAUAAGCUUACAGUUGCACGAGCACGUAAAAUUCAAAGGUUCUUGUCUCAACCCUUCCAGGUUGCUGAAGUGUUCACUGGCCAUGCUGGCAAAUUAGUACCAUUACAAGAAACCAUUAAAGGAUUCCAAAAGAUUUUAGGUGGAGAAUAUGAUCAUCUGCCAGAAGUUGCAUUCUACAUGGUGGGUCCGAUUGAAGAAGUAGUAGCUAAAGCUGAAUCAUUAGCGAAACAAUAAAUUGUAUUUGUUAAAAAUCACCAUAAACAUACCAUAAGUCUAUGAAAAUCAUCCAAUAGUUAACGUUUAUCUUUUAUUUAUGGUAAAUAAUAUGGCAUUUUCGCAAAAAAAAUAGUUAAUAUUUUAAAAUUGUUUAGUUUUACUUUAAAGUAAAAUAUAAUAUUGAAAUAUACUAUAUACAAUAAAAUUCAUAAAAUUGUUAAACUUCCAAAAACAUAAGUAAACAAAUUUUAUACAAUUCGCGAUGUAAAUUUUGUUUAAAAAAAAAUAUCCUUAUUCAUAUAUCAUCGCAGUGAUCAUAUUACCAAUAACAUAUACAAUUUUAUAGUAUAUGUUAAGUAUAAAUAAAAAUAAUUAAAAAGAA